CCCGGCCCCGGGGCGGGAGAAGGAGCCGCCUCCACACAGGGCCGCCCCUUUCCGCCGUUCUUCCGCGUUAAAAUCAUGGCACUGAAACAGGUUUCCAGCAACAAAUGCUUUGAAGGUUUCCAGAAGGUGUUUGAACACGACAGUGCAGAGCUAAAAUGCAAAAUGAAAUUUGGAAUCUACUUGCCUCCAAAAGCUGAAACUGGGAAGUGUCCUGUGCUGUAUUGGCUCUCAGGGCUGACCUGCACAGAACAGAAUUUCAUAACGAAAGCCGCGUUCCAGCAGGCGGCAGCCGAGCACGGCCUCAUUGUGGUGGCACCAGACACCAGCCCACGUGGCUGCAAUAUUGAAGGAGAAGAUGAAAGUUGGGAUUUUGGCACCGGUGCUGGUUUUUAUGUGGAUGCCACUGAAGAUCCCUGGAAAACAAACUACAGGAUGUAUUCCUACAUAAAGGAUGAGCUGCCUAAACUAAUAAAUGCCAAUUUUCCAACUGACCCUGAACGAAUGUCUAUUUUUGGGCAUUCCAUGGGAGGUCAUGGAGCUCUUAUUCUUGCUCUGAAGAAUCCUGGGAAGUACAAAUCUGUGUCAGCAUUUGCUCCAAUCUGCAACCCAAUUCAGUGUCAGUGGGGGAAGAAAGCCCUUGGUGGAUAUCUGGGACCAGAUGCAAGCAAAUGGGAGGCCUAUGAUGCCACACAGCUUGUGAAGUCCUACUCGGGCGCUUGCCUGGACAUCUUGAUUGACCAAGGCAAAGAUGACCAGUUCCUGUCUGCAGGCCAGUUACUGCCCGAUAACUUCAUCGCUGCCUGCACCGAGCGCAAAGUCCCAGUAGUCUUCAGGCUGCAGCAGGGCUAUGAUCACAGCUAUUAUUUCAUUGCUUCAUUUAUUAAUGACCACAUCAAACACCAUGCAAAAUACCUCAAUGCUUGAACCAUUUGGAUGAGGGCUGCCUGGACUAUACGAAUCAAGAGAUAGUGGUGAACUAAACAAAAAUCAUUUGCUGAAGUAAUGUUUGUAAAAUGGAGCUCUUCUGAUUGUACUUCUAAGAAAAAUAAAAGUCCCCCUUAAUUUAAUGUGUGUGC